CCGGGCCGGACCCGAUGCUGUUGGCAAUGAGCGCCUGCAGCAGGAAGGCGCUGACCCUGCUCAGCAGCGUGUUCGCCGUCUGUGGCCUCGGCCUCCUGGGCAUCUCCGUCAGCACCGACUACUGGCUCUACCUGGAGGAGGGCAUCGUCCAGCCCCAAAACCAGACGGCAGAGAUCAAGCUCUCGCUGCACUCGGGGCUCUGGAGGGUCUGCUUUCUGGCAGGUGAGGAGCGUGGCCGGUGCUUCACCAUUGAAUACGUCAUGCCCAUGAACAUCCAGCUGACGUCCGAAUCCACAAUCAACGUCCUGAAGAUGAUCCGCUCUGCCACCCCCUUCCCUCUGGUCAGCCUCUUCUUCAUGUUCAUCGGCUUCAUCCUGAGCAACAUCGGCCACAUCCGGCCUCACAGAACCAUCCUCGCCUUCGUCUCAGGGAUAUUCUUCAUCCUGUCAGGUCUGUCACUGGUGGUGGGGCUGGUCCUCUACAUAUCCAGCAUUAACGAUGAGAUGCUCAACAGGACCAAGGACUCGGAGUCGUUCUUCAAUUACAAAUACGGGUGGUCCUUUGCAUUCUCUGCCAUCUCGUUCCUUCUCACAGAGAGUGCCGGGGUGAUGUCUGUCUACCUGUUCAUGAAGCGCUACACGGCCGAGGACCUCUACAGACCCCACCCCAGCUUCUACCGGCCCCGCCUGAGCAACUGCUCCGACUACUCGGGGCAGUUCCUGCACCCGGACGCGUGGGCACGGGGCCGCAGCCCCUCGGACAUCUCCAGCGAGGCGUCCCUGCAGAUGAACAGUAACUACCCAGCCCUGCUCAAGUGCCCUGACUACGACCAGAUGUCCUCGUCCCCGUGCUGAGCCCCGGCGCCCCGCGCCCGC